AAGAACGGCUUCCGGCUCGAUUCCUCUUCUCCAUUGCGCCUUAAAAAUUCGUGCCGGCACCCCGUAGUUCCCCAGGAUUAGGGUUGAGGAGGCUCCUCUCCCUCUCUCCUUUUUCGAUGCCGAUCCCGGUACAGGGUGCCUUUUUAGGUCUGUAGGUGGGGAAUUGAUCUCAUUUACAUCGAUCGCUCUGCGGCAGAUCUCUCGAUCCGUCUCGAUCGGAAAAGGUUCCGAUCCGAUGACGUCCCCCGGAAGGCCCGCGGCGGCCGUGGAUCUGCGACAGUGGCGCGGGGAUGCGCAGGAGGAGGAGGAUGAGGAGGGGAUCGACCACUUAGAUCGGCUGCCGGACUCCGUGCUGCUCGUUGUCUUCAACCGGAUCGGCGACGUCAAGGCCCUGGGACGGUGCUGCGUCGUCUGCCGCCGAUUCCACGACCUCGUCCCUCUCGUCGAUUCCGUCCUCGUCCGCGUCGAUUGCGUCAUCUCCGACGAUCCUUCCCCCUCCCCCGCCGGGGGCGCCGGCGCGGACAGGUCCCGGGGGGUCUUCUCCCACCUUGCCCGCAUCGUCAUCGGCGGCAUCGUCAAGCCCUUGCAGGCUCUCGGUCAUAUCCUCGCCCCCUCUGCCGCCGUCGCCUCCAACCGAAGGUCCUCGCCUUCGUCCCCUUCCUCCUCCCCCUCCUCCUCGAGGUCGUCGGAGAUCUCCCACCACUCCCCGGCGGAGGUCUUGAAGAACUUUAAAGAGAUCCGCCGGCUCAGGAUCGAGCUCCCCGCCGGCGAGCUCGGCGUCGAUGACGGCGUCCUCCUGAAGUGGAAGGCCGAGUUCGGAUCAACCCUCGAUAGCUGUGUCAUCCUUGGCGCAUCCUCUGUCCUCUCUUCGCCUUCCAUCCUGGCCAAAUCCUCGAGCCUCAACCCUAACCCUAGCUUCCAGGACACUUGUGGGGCUGAUGACAGCGGGAGCAUGCCGGAUUCGUUUUACACCAGCGGAAACUUGAAGCUUAGGGUGUUCUGGACGAUCAGCUCCUUGAUUGCCGCUUCGGCACGGCAUUACCUCCUCCAGCCAAUCAUAGCUGAUCACGAGCCGCUGGAAAGGUUAGAGCUCACAGACGUCGACGGGCAGGGGGUACUGACGAUGGACCGUUGGCAGCUGCAGGAGUUCAGGGCAAAGCCGUUGUCAGCAUCAGGGAGCUCGCAGCGGACCCUGGUGCCAGCCCUCAGCAUGUGGUUGUGGUACGCCCCCUACCUGGAACUUCCUGGUGGGAUGGUGCUGAAGGGGGCGACACUGGUGGCUGUCCGGCCAAGCCAGGAGCAGGGAAUGGAGGUUGCAAGUAGUGGAGAAUUUGGUGGUGUCGUAGAAUUCUCAGACAGGUGUUCGAUUUCCAGUGCAUUCGAAGAGCCAUACAGGUCAGCAGCAGGGAUGCUCAUGAAGAGGAGAACGUACUGUCUUGAGAUGAAUUCAUUCUGAGAUUGGAAUGAUACCAAAGUCUUAUCUUUGGAAGAUUUUUAUGGAGUUUUGAAGUGGUAGGGAGUAAAAGCAUGUCCGAAGUCAGAUGAGACUUAUUGGCUUCCUGGUAAUAAAUUUCCUCACUUUAUUGGUGAUUGGCAACCAAUCUCCAUCCAAUGCAGUAAUGAUAUACUGCUCAUGGUGAUCUUUGUGCUGCCGUCCGCGAGAACUGAAAUAUAACAUGCUGUUGUUGUUGUCCUUCCCCCCGAGCAAAUUUAUCAAGAGUGAACAAAGCUGCCAAAGGCUGUCACUGUUGUUAACGUUGUUGUCUCCUACCUUGUUAAUAUUGCAGCCGUUAAAUAGUAAACAUGGUUAUUUGAUAGAUAUUAACUUGUAGUGCUCUUGUCAUGAUCUACUUUUAAGUUUUUCUGCUACUAAGCUUCUAUGAAAUUACACUUUUGAAUC